GAGAAAAACAAGGGAGGGGAGUCGGAGGCGGGGGGGACAGAAAAAUCGAAGACGAGCUGUCAGAAAGAACAACUUCUCCUCCCGAGCGGGCGAGAAGGGCUGGUGGGCGCGACGGCGGCGUCCUCUCGGCAGGCAGCCCGCGCUAGCAGCAGCAGGAGCGGCCUGGGUCCCAGCGCGGCCCCCCGAGCCUCGAGUUCCUCCUCCUCCGCGCUCCGGCGGCGGCGGCGCGGGUGUUGCAGGCGGACCGGGGAGCGGCGGCGGACACGAAAAUGCUGGGUUAGAGAGAGAGCAUCUGUGAGUGUGUGUGCUGCAGUCCAGUCCGUUCCAUCCUGGCAGUCCACGAAUGGCACAGGGAAACCAACAAAUUGACACUCAGGUUGUGCAGCAGCUACGCCAGAAGUUUCCAGAAGUUCCAGAGGGCGUGGUCUCUCAGUGUGUCCUACAGAAUAAAAACGACUUGGUAGCUUGCUGUGAAUAUCUGACCCAAGUGAGUCCCGGCUUCUUGUACAGCGAAGGCAACCCGAGCGUGACGGACUUGCGCAAUCACAUGACCCAGCUCAACCUGGGCGUCUCCCAGAACACCCAUGGUGCCGUGCAGCGAGAGGGAGUGAGGAUGAACGGCAGCAGGACUCUCUCUCACAGCCUGAGCGACGGGCCCAUCAAUGCCUCCCAUCCACCUUCUGAUUUCUACCAGGCCGAGCCGCAGUCUGCCCCUCCGCACACACCCACUGCCCUCAAUGCCUUCUGUAUGAUGGAACCGCCUCGAAAGCCGCAGCCUCCUCAGAACCUUGGCCUCUAUCUUGGGGGCAAAGGACAUGGCCCACCACCGACCCCACGCUUUAAUCCCAUCACGGUAACCCUCGCGCCCAAUACAGGCAGAAACACUCCCACGUCCCUCCACAUCCAUGGAGGGCCUCAGGCAGGUUUAAACAGCCCCAACUCCAUCUAUAUUCGUCCGUACGUGACACAGUCGGGUGGCACCCGCCAGGCCCAGGGCCGGGGCCAGUAUAGCCCCACCUCACAGCCCACACAGCAGAUCUACCAGAUCACACACCCGGCUGGCUCGCAAAACUGGACGAGCACCCAGCAUCAGACCUCGCACGUUUACAUGCCUAUCAGCUCACCCACCACACCCCAGCCCCCCUCAAUCCUACAGGCCGCAUCCUCCCAGGCCUGCUCCUCCUCCUCUUCCUCGUCCUCGUCAUCUUCGUCGUCUUCGGCAGCCGGUCCUGUGCCAUCCUCAUUCAGCCAGUACAAUAUCCAAAACAUCUCGACGGGGCCGAGGAAGAACCAAAUCGAGAUUAAGCUCGAGUCCCCGCAAAGAGGUGCGGCUUCUGCCUCAGCCACGGCAACGCUGAUGUGUUCCGGCUCUGCCCCGCGACCCUCCUGCAGUUCGACAUCUUCGUCCUGUCCGUCGCCCUCCUCUUCCUCGCUGGCUGCCUCUGUAGGCCCUUCCGCCCCGCUUUCCAUCGGAGGGCCGGGUCUUAGCCGAAGCCAGCCCACUGUGUAUAUCUCCGCCUCUCCGCCUGCUGCUGCUACGACCCCGUUGGACGAGUCUGCGGUCCUCCCUCCUGCGCCUCGUUCGCAGCCCAAGUUCUACAUUUCUGCUAAUGCGUCUUCAGAUGAGGGCGUCGCACGGAAUCCGCCCACAGUCUACAUAUCCGCUAACCCCACAAUUCCAGGUGCAGCGGGUGGCCGGAGCCUAGGAAGCCAAGUCAGCAUGGGCCCCGCCUACAUCCAUCACCACCCACCCAAGUCCCGUGCCUCAAUGGGAGCUGCAGGGACAGCGACGUCUCCCCGGGUGGUGGUGACGCAGCCCAACACCAAAUACACCUUUAAAAUCACAGUCUCGCCCAACAAGCCGCCCGCCGUAUCUCCUGGCGUAGUGUCGCCAACUUUUGAGCCCACCAACAUGCUAAGUCUGCCUGCAGAUCACCACUACGCUGAACCUGAAGCCCCGCAUCUGUCUGACCCGCUCUCACCCCACCGAGACCGGGCCACGGAGGCCCGUAGACCCAGCAUGGGCUCCGACGACGCUGCUUACACACAAGCGUUGUUGGUGCAUCAGAAGGCACGCAUGGAGCGUUUGUGUCAUGAGCUAAAGCUGAAAAAGAAGAACUUGGAGAAACUCAAAGAGGAAGUGAACGAGAUGGAGAACGACUUAACAAGAAGACGACUGCAGAGGUCCAACUCGGUCUCCCAGAUUCCAUCUCUUGACGAAAUGCAGCAGCUGAGAUGUAAGAACAGGUUACUGCAGAUCGACAUUGACUGUUUAACUAAAGAGAUCGACCUCCUCCAAGCACGCGGACCACACUUCAAUCCCAAUGCAAUCCAUAAUUUCUACGACAACCUCGGCUUCUUGGGUCCCGUCCCACCAAAACCCAAAGGUACCCCAGCAGCAGGCUCGGAUCAUUGGGGCUCUGUAGACAGGAGAGGACGCAAAAUAAACGUCAGCUCCAAGCUUAAGAGAGACCCCUCUCUCCCUCCUGUUCCACCCUGUCUCCCUGCACAUGUGGAGUCGAGCAGUAAGAGUAUGAAGGCUGUGUCAGAGGUUGAGGACGAUGAUGGUGUCCAGUGGGGAUGUACUGCCUGCACCUUUCUCAACCACCCUGCCCUGAACCGCUGUGAACAGUGUGAAUUCCCACGACACUUCUGAGCCCCAAUUACUUACACAAACACACACACACACUCGCACGCUCAUGUACACACACAGCAUUCGCCAGCUCGAGUAGUACAGACUUAUUUUCGAGAAUAUGGGCAUGAACGUAGAGAGUGUGUUUGUGUGUGUUUCUGCAGUGUUGUCUGUCUCCUUAUCUCUCUCUCUCUGGGUGUGUCGUUCUGCCCACUGAAGACUGGAUGAUGUUUACAGGUUUUUCUCCGUUUCAGUCUGUCAAUCCAAGCUGAGCUCUCUAGAGUAUGUUUGCGCAUGUAUGAUUGAACAAUUGACUGUAUGUUAGCCCAUGUGUGGUGAGAGCCUGUGUGGGUUUGACAGUAGAGGAUUCCCCUGCUGGCUCCAAAAUGAAUCUCAGUGCUGCCUGAAACAGUAUUAUCAUAGUGUGUCUGUGCAUAGGUACAAACACGCACGCACGCACACACACACACACACACAUAUACACACACACGCACACACACACGUGCCAGUGUGCCUUACGGAUGGGAACUGCCUUCGAGAGCCGCCUCGUCUCCUUACCUGAAGGGAAUGCCUAACAGACUACUUUCUGGACUUGACUCUUUUACUCUUUCCAAAGGAUGAUGGGAAGAAUCUGUGGAAUUUCUGCCAAAUCGGAGUUUCCUCUGUACCAUCUGUGCCCGCUUCUCUUUCGUUCACUAAAAACGAAACAGAAAUUGAACUCAACUGCAUGCCUUAGAUGUACAGUUUACAAAGGAGCCCCUCCUCACUCAAGCUUUUUACUGUACAUAGUUUUAGAAUGAGCUUUAAAAUGCCAUUUUUUUCUUUCUCUCUCUCUUCAGCUGUCACGUGUAUUUCCUGUAAUUAUAGCUUCAUAGACUUCAUUUACUUCUAUUUGUUUUGUUUUUGUUGUUUUCUCUUAGACAAAUGAGUACGGUUUCCCUCUUUAAGUUCAGUGAGAAGCGCAGCGUGGCGUGAAAGCAGAGAGAUGAGCGCUGGAUCUCCUCUCCAGCCCUUCACACAGACGCUCCUUCUCCAGCGUACGGCCUGCAGACGCAGCAAAGGUCAAAAAGAUGGAGUUUAUGCACGAGGCCUGUGGUCUCCAACAGGUCAAUGGUCUCCACAGGGUCUCCACAGGGUCUCUGCAGCAAACGAAGUACAGCCCUGAAACGGAUGAUAAACUGCCAUCUUUAGCUGACAACUGGAAUGUAGGUUUAAUAUUCGGGAAUUUUAUUCUACACCUUUGUGCCAAGCAAGGAACACAAUAUGCCAAAAUUGUGCCGAGUGAUGCACACGGUAUGAAUUGAGAGCAGAGACUUCUGGGACAUGUAGUUCGGAGUUUUUAUGCCUUCCAAAAAGCUGUUUUGUCGGAGGGCUUUAUGGAUCAGAUGUUCGGAACUUGCCAAAGUUUGGGAAUCUGUGUGUUCCUGGGUGAAGCCAAAUAGGUCACCAUGUGCCUUUAGUCAGUUUUUCACAGGUGAUGCUCUAUGAUUAAAAUGGACAGUGCCUUUUUCUCCUUCGUAGAAUUGAUUACACGAGUUCCACAAGGCCUUCAUGAUGUUUUAAAUGUUUAUUAGCUUAUUGAUUUUACCUUAAUUUUUAAAUAAGAUAUAAAAGAGUUGUGAAGAAGUGUCAUUUUCAGUUUCACAAUCUGCUGCCUCACUUUCGGCCUUAAAGUUUUACAGAAUAAUCUACGCGGUAAUGAGAUCAAUAUGGUCAUGAAUAGCCUAAAUUGGUCGUUUUCUAGUGUCGCCAACCCAUUUUUCUCCUAGUCUUGGAUUAAAAUAAAUAAAAAUUGAUAAAAUUAUUAGCAUAAGUCAAGUGCCAGCUGUUCAGCAUCCUGCCAGUAUUAAGGAUGUUGAUCCCGAAAGCAAUAAUCAAAUGCCACAGAAUAUCAAAGCAUGCUUGCUUUUUAAUCCAAGAUGUGGUCUAAUCUGGGUUUGAAAAUUGGCAAAAUAAAGAGAAAUAUCUCUUGUAGCUGUUAAGUCUGGGUGUCUGAAGCACUUGUGUUUAAGGAACCCAGAGAAACUUAGUCAUACCCGAUUGCAGCUCUGAGUCAGAGCCACCAGUUAUGUUCAUGAAUUUAAAACAUAGGGAAAAGAGCGGAGUGAUUUGGGAAUCUAAAGUGGUUUUUAAUUUUAGUGGGGAAAACUGUCUUUGUAACAGAUAAGUUAUUUGUAAAAAUAAACAAAAAAAAUCCUGAA